AUGGCACUGUUCGUUAUCGCAGGGAAAUCUGACUGUCCAUUUUACGCACGAAUUGAAUUGUUAGCAGAUAAACUAGCCUUAAAUCUACCCAAUUUUAGAGUUACCAAGAUUGUUAAACAACCAAAUGAGUGGAAAGAAUUUAUUAAAUGGAUUAAAGAAACGCAUGGUUGGUUGAUAGAACAAUCACCAGUUGUAUGGAGAGAAUUAGUUAAUAAAGGCGGUAAAGGCAUAUUAAUCGGUGGAGCUAAUGAAUUUCAAGAGUUGUUAGCUGCUUAUUAUGGUGAACAAUGUUCAAUGCCUACUGAAGAAAUCCUGAAGAUUGUUGAAGAUAAUAUACGAUAUAAAAAUGAAGAAGAUGAAGACAAGAGAAUAGAAAUUGCUAAUAGACUACCUUCAAUAGGCAUUUUAAUUAUUGGCGCGUCUACACCAGCGACUAAAGAAAUGCUUAAUAUUAUUAUGAAUGAGAAAAAAUUCACUGAUGGUUUAAUCGAUUUAUACUUGCAUGAUGAAGUUGAGCAUCAUGUUUAUUUGUAUCAUUUACAAGAAAUGCUUAUCGAGGGAGCAUUUGCUAAAGUCAACAAUAUCUACGUGAUUGAUGAUAUUGAUGAAUGCUUGUCAAUUGUGAAACAAGUGAUUAUUAUGAAUGUAGUCCCACGAAUAUGCUUAAAUGAUACAAAUACUGCCAGAGAAGAGGAUGUCUGGGAGUCAAGAGAUCAGUGGUUACGACGAAGAUUUUUAUACUUUAAUAAACUUGGACGAAAGAUCAGAGAAAAGUGUCAGAAAUCAAUACGCAUUUUAAUAGCUGGUGGUUAUCCAGGUUUAGGCAAAGUAUCUCUACAAACAACAACACCUAUAUGUUUUGAUUUGACAGCACUAUAUAAAAUUGUGUCAACAAAAAUACCAUCAUCUCAGAUAAUUGGUCUAAUCAGACCAAUUGAACUACGCGUCAAAGCUACAAUAGCUAAACACUUGAAGGUACGCUCAUGUGAUGUCACUGAUCUUGUGAUCUGGGGGAAUGCAGGUGGUACAAUGUUUGCAGAUCUUUCGCGUUGUUGUGUUUCUUGUAGAACAGAAAUGGGUGCAGGUGUUGUUGGUGGAUGUUUUCUACGAUUUCCGGUGCUGACUGUAGCUGAAAAUCCAAAAUGGUUAACUACUGAAUUAUUAAAUGUCGCUUUUGAAGAAGGCAGUGUGAAAUAUGGAUUAGUUGAUGGGAAUGCUAUAAGUGAUUUAUUGAAAGAAUGGUGGGGUGUUAAUCAAAAUCAAAAUGGACAGAUUACCUCCCUUGUUAAGAUAUCAAAUGGUGACUGGUAUGGUGUCCCGAAAGGAAUUGCAUUUUCAUAUCCAAUUAUUUGUACUGGGAAUGGUAAUUGGUCUGUUGUAGAAGAUAUGCCUAUGACACCUGAAAGUGAAGCUCAGCUCAAAACCUGUAUUCAAAGUAUACUUGAAGACUGGGCAGUUAUUGAUCCUGCACCGUUGGAGGCAUUUUUAAAACAAGGUAAAAGACCAGAAGAUAUUAUGAAAUAUGAUGAUGAAUUUGAGGCACAGGACAGUGAUGAACUACUACUUUGA